AUGCAGGACCUCGGCGUUUCCAUCCAACAAGUCAACCUCACAAUCACAUCUUACCUGGUCAUCCAAGGUAUUGCGCCACUGAUUUGGGGCCCGCUGUCUGACACCAUCGGGCGACGACCGGUAUACCUCGCCUCAUUCAGCAUCUACAUAAUAGCGAAUAUAGCACUUAGCUUCACGCCGAAUUACGCAGUCCUUGUGGCCUUCAGGGCAAUGCAAGCCGCGGGCGCCGCGUCGACAGCCAGCAUCGGGAACGGUGUCCUGCAGGACAUCUGCCCCAUCUCGGAGCGAGGAGGCUACAUCAGCUUUUACCAGGCCGUUCGGAACUUCGCGGUCGCGUUCGGCCCCGUCCUCGGCGGCAUACUUGCCCAGUCCUUGGGGUUCCGUGCCAUCUUCGUGUUCCUGCUCGGGCUUUCCGCGGCAGUCGGUGUCCUGCUCGCUUUCUUCUUGCCCGAGACAAUGCGCAGCCUGGCUGGGAAUGGCCGCCCAAGUUUUGGUACCAUUGUAGGAUCGGCAAUGAUUGGGAAAGUAUUGAACCGUGACUUUGCGGCCGCUACAAAGGCUUACAAGAUGGCUCACGACUUGCCGGACUCUUACAAGCUCUCACCUAAAAACGUCCCGCCCGACUUUGCGAUCGAGCGACUGCGACUGCGCCGAUUACCUUGGGCCUUGGCCCUGUUCGUCUUCACCAUCGCUGGAUACGGCUUCUCUUUAUCUUUUCCAAGUGUGUAUGGUCGACCGGGGUGGAUCGCCCUACCGCUGACGCUGCAAUUCCUUAUUGCAGCGUCGGCCAAUGCGAUGUUCUCCAUCAACCAGACCUUGGUCGCCGACCUCUGUCCCGGGAAAGGCGCGAGCAGCACCGGAAUAAACAACCUUGUGCGAUGCACCCUGGCUGCUAUCAUGGUGGCGUUCGUUGAUGAAAUGAUCAAAACACUGGGUGCAGGAGCAACAUAUCUGGGCUUAGCUUUCCUGGUUAUAGUCGUUCACCCUUUCAACCCAGCUCUGCAUUCUCGACCAGGCAAAAUCGAGAUGGACGAUUCCAGGAUAGACCAAGACACCGAACACGAAGAACUAAAACAGCUGAAACAUCUUAUCCGCAACGCGGAUCCAGCGUCCCACGACGAGAAGCACCAAUUCUACGGUGACCGAGUCCUCAAGCACGACACUCCAUCCGGUGACAAGAUAGCAAUCAAAUUCAAGCGGUAUCUCGCUGAUUAUGAGGACGAUGGCAUCCAAACAGAAGCAGACAUGAUGCACUACGCCGCCACACACGGCGUCCUGGCACCCAAAGUCCGCGCCGUCUACGAUAUCCACACCGUAUCACCCACCAGGCCCUCCGCGUCCGCGAUGGUCAGCGACAGGCCGCCAGGCGACCGCCUGUCCGAGGUGUGGGCCGACCUGAGCGACGGAGCGAGGUCGGGCAUCGUGGCCCAGCUCCGCGAGCAGGUCGGCAACAUGCGCUCCUGCACGCAGUCUUGCAUCGGCCGCGUGAACAACAGGUCUACGUGCGACGUCUACGAGCGCAUGCCUGGGAAGGUCUGCGGGCCGUUCAUCGACGAGGAGCACUUUGACCGGUGGUGUCUGGCGCGUGUGCCCGACGGCCUGUUCGGGCUGACGCGCAGGAAGUGGACACGGUGGCUGGAGAAGGAGAGGCGGAGACCGUUUCGCAAGUUUGUGCUCACCCACGGGGACCUGUCGCCGCGCAAUAUCAUUGUGGAUGGCGGUGCUGUCACGGGGAUAGUGGACUGGGAGAGGAGUGGCUUCUGGCCCGAGUAUGCCGAGUACGCCUUUGCUAUGGAGCUCUUUCCGGCGUUUCAGAGAAGACAGGAGGAGUGGUGGGGGCCAGUCCUGCAGCAGAUCUUGCCGCGGUGCUCGGAUCAGAGGCUGAAGUUUACUCGAGCGGUUGCGACCAAAUGGUGCAAAGUUUUCUAG